AUGUUUGAAGUCCCUAUCACCUACAACUGUAGGCGUCUUAAUGUUGAAAGAAGGGUAAGAUACCAAUACAUUAAUAUUUUAUCAAGGAAAUAUCAUGCCAAAAGGAGGAGUAAAAGACGAAGGCAGGCUAAUAGCCUCCCAACACCUGAGAAUUCAGCGGUUGAGAAUGAUCAAUCAGAAUCACAACUACCUUCCCGGGAGCAAAUCAAAGAAAAGAAAAUGAAACUUGGAGAAGACUAUUCAGAUUCAGAAGCUGAAACGUCCAGUGAAGGUGAAGAUACCACAAAAGAUGAUAAUGAAUUUGCUAAUGAUAUGAACAAGUUUGAGAAGCUCUUUUACAGAAAGUAUGAGAAGCCCGAGCAUAGUUUUGAAGUCUGGUAUGAUGGAAACAGCGUCAAUACGAAAAAGAAACAUGAGUUGAAGAAGACACAUAUCCAUUACACACGUCUUAAUAGAGUAGAAAGAAUUGCCAAAAAAAGAGUAGAAAAGAAUGUUGUGCAUAUGCCGUUAGUUAACAAAAGGUAUUUUGACAUAAAGAGUGAAGGAUAUGAAGUGCUAGAGCCGCUGGUAGACAUUGACAGUUAUCUACUGAAACAUAUUGAAAUAUUAACUCAAAUAUUAUUUUCAAGUGUUUCGCAAGGUAAUUGGGAUAUUGCUUACAGAACAUUUUCAUUGCUGAUUAGAAUUCCAGAAGUCGAUAUAAGAAACAUCUGGGGGUUAGGCACUAGGAUUCUAAUGGAAAGAGGGCAAACGACAAGGUCACUCGAGUUUUUAAAAUGGAUGAGCACUGUUUAUUCGUCUAAGCAAAAUUUUGUUCAAAGCCAUUGCCAUAGAAAGGCACCAGUUUUUAGAAGUGGAUCAAGAACACAUACUCCAAAAUAUGCUCUGACAUGGUUAUGGAAUUGUUUAAUAAAAGUAACUGAACUCAUAUCUAUCGAAGAAGAGAAAGGAGUCAACACAAAUGAAGAAGAAAAUGAUAACGGGUCAAAGCAAUCUGCAAUGGAUAAAUUAACUGAAUUGAUUGAUAAAAUAUCUGAAAUGGUGCUAGUUCCACCAUAUUUGGAUGACCCAGAAAUUUGGUUUAUCUAUUCAAUGUGCCAUAUGGUACAUGCGGAUUACUUGUCUGGGAAGUUUAAUUGUCAAAGACUAUCUGGUUCAAGAAGAGAUAUUGCUAGAAACCAAGUAACUCAGCAUAUUCAUUAUGUUAAGACAUACCUACAAAAUUGUUCACAGAAGGGCAAUUUCGAAUACCCAAAGCAGUUCAUACAAAGUAGAUUGGAGGAGUUUGAAAAACGUAUGUAUGAAGAUGAGAGUAAACCAGAGAAUAUGAAAUUGCAAGAAUCAUAUGAUAAUACUUCAUAUAGUAAUGAAGAUGACGAGGAGAAUCCUUUCCAAAUUGAUGAAAGUAACUCCUUUCUCGGUAACCUUGUUGAGGAAGGUAUUGAUCCAGUGAUAAAGACGCACUGGGAGCCUACCAUGAACAUGGAUGCAUUAAAAUUUAAUUACAACAGUACCGAUGAUUCAAGCGAAUAA